UCGAUGUUGAAUGACGUCAAAUGGAUUGCGACUCAGCCAGUCAGUGUAGUGUAGUGUGGUGUGUUUACGUAAGAUUGAGCUGAGAGUAUGCAUGGGGGAGAUAGUAAAGUCACAAUGAUGCUAGAAAUGUGUAUAAUGGGAUAUUUAAUGUACUUUUUAAACAUGUCUUAAAAAUCUGCUAUCUGUUUUAUUUCUUCUCACUAAUCAGAAAGUAGCCUACUCUUACGGUAGCAGGUGUUCUAGUUGUAGCUAGCCUACCACGCCAGACAGAACAAGUCCAGAGCCACGUUAGCAAGCCAAGAAGAGAACAGUGAUAAAGUAUAGUCAGUUACCAACCUUAGUUUCUGCUGGGAAACAGAUUAAUUCAAAAUGAAGUGUCAUUACGAGGUGUUGGGAGUCAAGAGAGACGCCAGUGAUGAUGACCUGAAGAAGGCCUAUCGCAAAUUGGCUUUGAAGUGGCAUCCAGACAAAAACUUGGACAAUCCCGAAGAGGCAGCAGAGCACUUCAAGCUUCUUCAGGCUGCUUAUGAUGUCCUGAGUGACCCACAGGAAAGGGCUUGGUAUGAUAACCACAGAGAAGCCCUCCUGAAGGGAGGCGUGAGUGGAGACUAUGAGGACAACAGCAUCGAUCUGCUCCAGUACUUCACCGUGUCUUGCUACUCUGGUUAUGGAGAUGAUGAGAAGGGUUUCUACACUGUGUACAGAAACCUGUAUGAGUCCAUUGUGAAAGAGGAGAUGGAGCACAGCAAAGAAGAGGACGAGGAGGAUGAUGAGUUUCCUACGUUUGGUGAUUCUCAGAGCGAUUAUGACACGGUAGUGCACCUGUUCUAUGGCUACUGGCAGAGUUUCUCCACCAGGAAGAACUUUGCCUGGAAGGAGGAGUACGACACACGGCAGGCAUCCAACCGCUGGGAGAAAAGAGCCAUGGAGAAGGAGAACAAGAAGGUCCGUGACAAGGCCAGGAAGGAGCGCAGUGAGCUGUUGCGCCAACUAGUGGCCUAUGUGCGCAAGCGUGACCGCAGGGUACAGGCCCACAAGAAGCUUGUGGAGGAACAGAACACGGAAAAGGCCAAGAAGGUGGAGGAGCUGAGACGCAAGCAGAAACUCAACCAGGCCAAGUUGGCAGAGGAGUAUAAAGAGCAGAGUUGGGCGGCCAUGUCUGAGUUGGAGAAGGAGCUGCAGCAGAUAGAGGCCCAGUACGAGGAGGAGUUUGGCGACGCUUCUGAGAGUGAAGAGGAAGCAGACGCUCAAGACAAGCCGGACCAGAGCAUGGGAGACAAUGAGCUACCAGAUGGAGAGGAUGAGGUCAUGGACUACUAUAAUGACCUCUACUGCCCUGCAUGUGACAAGUUCUUCAAAUCGGAUAAAGCCAUGAAGAAUCAUGAAAAGUCCAAAAAGCACAGAGAGCUGGUGGCAUUGCUACGGCAACAGCUGGAGGACGAGGAGGAGUCACUGAGUCUAAACUCUGACGACAAGAAUGAGGCUGGAAGGAUGAAGGACGACGAGGGGGUCGAUGAGGACGUACUGAGACCAAAGUUGUCCAAAAAGCAGAAGAAGAAAAAGAGACAACAGAAAGUUGUGCAAUGUGUCACAGAGGAGGAGCAGGGGGACCCUGUGUCAGAGUCCACCCCUCCUGAGACAGAGUCCACCCCUCCUGAGACUCAGAAAGCCCCGGAAACCCCCCCACCUAUUGAUAUGGGCCAUGUGGAGGAAGCCCAGACGCCGGCAGAGCCAGUGGAACAAGAGGAUGUCCACUCUUCAGAGACAAAGAGUUCUGUAAAGGCGAAGGGAAAGAAGAGCAAAGAGAAAGAUUUAAAAAAGAAUGUGAAACCCCAGGCAGGAGGAGAGCAAGCACCUGAGAGAGAGGGAAACCUGCACUGUGUGACCUGCCACUACGAGUUUUCUACCAGGAACAAGCUGUUUGACCACUUGAAGUCCACGGGUCAUGCCACCGCCCUCUCUUCUGGCCCUCCACGCAGCACUGCAAGGAGCAAGAAAGACACGAAGAAGUCCAGAUAGCGACACUUACGGUCCAGGUGAUCUAAUUAAAAUGACAGGUGUGACAUCCAUGGUGGUGAGAUGGCAUUCGUCAGCGGAGCUUUACAAGCAGAGCCUUCUGAAAUUUUAAUGCUCAGACUGUCUAAAACGGACAGCGUCACACAAUAGCUGUUUGUAGUUUUUCUAUAUUAUAAAAAUGGCUACAAUGUUUUUGUGAAAAGCAUUUUGAUGAGAAGAUGACCUGCUUGUCUCCAACCACUGCGUCUUUAUUUUUAUUUAACACUUAUUUAUACAUGUAAAUUGGGGCUGCAUUUCCCACCCAGGGAUUCAUAGGCAUACAAGAAAGAAAAACCAUAGCACUGGUGGAAAUACAGCAGGCCUAUAAGACAAUAGAACAGAGGACAGAGAACUGAACA